AUGUCGGAAAUAGCAAAGGACUCAUUUUAUAAGGAAAGAUAUUACUAGCUUUCUUUAACUAGUUGGGGAGAAGAUGAAAAGAAGUUUAUGGAAAAUAGAAAAUUAAAAGAAUUGAGUAGAAAUGUUAUGACAGAAGAAAUUAUAAAAUCUUCUCUUGGUACAUUAGGAAAGACAGCCCAAGGAUCACAUUAUGCAUUUUUAUCAUUUAAUGCUAGCAACAAAGAUUUAUAUAGCAUAGGAGGAAUUGAAGAUUUUAAACAUUUGCAAUAUAUUGAUGUAUCAUUUAAUAACUUGAUCACUCUUAAGCCUUUAUCAUAAUUGAAAUAUAUCACUUAUCUAAAUAUUUCGCAUAAUAAUUUGACAAAGCUCUUAGAUUUUAAAGAAAUUCCAUAUAACCUAGAGGAAGUAAUAUCUAGUCAUAAUUAAAUAAAUGAAAUCAAGGAUUUAUCUGAGCAUAAAUUCCUCAAAAAAUUAGAUUUAUCUAAUAAUUAAAUUGAAAAGAUAGAAGGCCUAUCUUCCAAUAAAGAUUUAUAGAUUUUAAAAUUGGCUUAUAACAGAAUCAAUAUUAUUGAAAAUCUCGAUCAUUUAAAUAUUGUAGAACUUGACUUAAUGGGAAAUCAAAUUGUUCAUUUAACUGGUUUGAAUUAAUUAGUAAAAUUAAGAAAAUUAAACCUGUCUUCCAACAAAAUAUCUAAAUUAAAAGGUUUGGUUGAUUUAGUUUAGCUAAGAGAGUUGAGACUUUCUGAUAAUUUGAUUCACAGAGUUAGAGAACUUUAUUAUUUAUAAAACUUGACAUUCCUUUCUGAUUUAGAUUUGUGUUUUAAUAGAAUUUAAAAUAAAAGAUUUUACAGAUAUUAAGUGCUUUAUAGACUACCUGGAUUAAGAGUGCUUGAUGGUGUCAAUACCACUUCUGAAGAAUUUGUUAAGGCUGAAAACUUAUAUGGAAUGGACUUAGAAGAUAGAAAGCGUAUAUUUUAUGAAAUUCUUCCAGAAGAGGAAUUUAUAGAUAGAAGAAUAAAUAUUGCAGAUUUGAUUGAACCUGAAACUGAAAGUGACAAUGAAGAUGGUAUGUAAUUUGUUGAUCAGUAUGACAAAGAAGGUAAUUUAAUUAAAGCAGCUGAUUCUGGUACAAGUAAAUCACUUAGAAAUUCCUAAGUUUCUAUAAAAUCUCAGCAUUAAAAGACAUAAUAAAGUAUCCCCAACUUUUAAGAGUCACAAUCAAGAACUAAUAAUUUUAACACUAAUCAAAGUAUAUACGAUUAAAAAAGCAGAACCCUCUAAGAAAAAUAUGACUCAUUAAGGAACAACAGCAGAUCUUCUAACAGCAUUAAUUAAGUUAAUCAAAAUCUAAAUUUAAAGAGCAAUUGA